AUGGGUAACAACCAGAAGAGCAUCAACGAGCUUCUCACUCUGGAGUUGCUCCAAGCAAUCUUACUGAGGGUAUCAGCCAAGCAUCUCCUUCCUCUCAGGUUUGUUUCUAAGCUAUGGCUCUCUCUCAUUUCCGAUCCAACCUUCGUGGAAUUUCAUAUUCACCACACUUCAGAAUUCACCACCCCUUCAUACUUCUUCACCCAGAAUAAUCAACUGGUUGGCUCCCUUGACCUACACGCACUCUUUCAUGGUGGCGCCACCCUUGGCGGCUCAAUAGAAAAAUUCUCUCUCCCUUUCCCAUGGAAGAAGAACAUACCCUCCCGUUUACUUGUUCUUGGAUCAUGCAGAGGGUUUGUAUUGUUACACCACCAGGAACCAUAUUAUUUUAUUCUAUGGAAUCCAUUGACCCAAUCCCACAAAAAAAUAUCUUACUAUAAUGUUGUUGAAGAAAAUAAUUAUUGGUAUAAUCAAAAUCCGGUUCUUCAAGGCAUUGGUCAUGAUGCAUCAAAUGAUGAUUACUUAAUAGUUAUAGCCUUUAAGGAAGACCAGCUUCAUUGUUUUUCGUUGAGGACUAAUUCAUGGACCAAGAUUGAUGUUGCACCCCCCAUACCUUUGGUAACCCACGGGUUUAAACCUGAGGGAUUGUUCUUUAAGGGAGCUAUACAUUGGUUGUCUUAUCGAUCUAACAAUCAAGAUAUUCUAAUCUUUGAUGUGAAGAAAAGGAGAUUCUCAACGAUACCUUUACCUGAACAAAAACUAACGUGGUGGUCCUCCAAACUCGUGAUAUUAGGAGGGUGCCUAGCUUUGAAUUUCUUCAACUACGGUGAUUAUAAAAGAACUCAGAUAUGGGUGUUGAAGGAAUAUAAAGUGCCAUCAUCUUGGACUCUUCUCUACGAGAUUCCUCACCACUGCGUUCAUUCUUUAUUCUUAUCUAAUGACAGUGAUUUUAUUGUGGUAGAUCGUGCCAAUAACAAUUUUGCCAAGUAUAAUCUUGAAGGAGAGAGGCUUCAGUGUUUUAAAUACUUGGACUAUGGUUUCUUACCUUUAGAGUACAAUGGUACUGUGUAUAUACCGAGUCUCGCCACACUCCCCAGCUGUGACAAGAAGAAACGGAAAAAUGAAGACAUCAAGUUUGUGAAGGAUGAUUGGAAUCACAAAGAGGUCAAACAAGGAACGUGA